GGCAAGGCCGGCCAGGCGGAGGCGCCUCCGCGGCAGAACGGUGACAUGGAAGGCGAACCGGUUGAGGCUAUUGGCGAAGAGUCUGAAACUUUCAUUAAAGGCAAAGAAAGGAAGACGUAUCAAAGACGCCGGGAGGGUGGGCAAGAGGACGAUGCUUGCUCAAUUCCACCCAACCAGGCAGAUGGAACUGAAGUAGUACAAGAUGUAAAUACUGGUGUCCAGAUGGUCAUGAUGGAGCAACUAGAUCCAACACUGCUUCAGAUGAAGACCGAAGUCAUGGAGGGUGCCGUCCAGCAGGAAGCAGAGGCCACUGUCGAUGACACACAGAUAAUAACCUUGCAGGUUGUAAAUAUGGAAGAGCAGCCUAUAAACCUUGGUGAACUCCAGCUUGUCCAGGUGCCUGUUCCUGUGUCUGUACCUGUUGCUACGACGUCAGUGGAAGAUCUUCAGGGGGCCUAUGAAAACGAGGUCUCCAAAGGAGGCCUCCAAGAGGGGGAGCCCAUGAUCUGCCACACCCUCCCUUUGCCAGAAGGCUUCCAGGUAGUAAAAGUUGGGGCCAAUGGGGAGGUGGAGACUCUGGAGCAAGCGGAACUUCAGCCCCAGGAGGAUCCUGGUUGGCAGAAGGACCCAGACUAUCAGCCCCCAGCCAAAAAGACAAAGAAAACCAAAAAAAGCAAACUGCGUUACACUGAGGAGGGGAAGGAUGUGGAUGUGUCUGUCUAUGAUUUUGAAGAGGAGCAGCAGGAGGGCUUGCUCUCAGAAGUCAAUGCAGAAAAGGUGGUGGGCAACAUGAAGCCCCCAAAACCAACAAAAAUUAAAAAGAAAGGUGUGAAAAAGACAUUCCAGUGUGAACUGUGCAGUUAUACUUGCCCACGUCGUUCAAACUUGGAUCGUCAUAUGAAAAGCCACACUGAUGAGAGGCCACACAAGUGCCACCUUUGUGGCAGAGCUUUCCGGACAGUCACGCUGCUGAGAAACCACCUCAACACUCAUACAGGUACUCGUCCUCACAAGUGCCCUGACUGUGACAUGGCCUUUGUGACAAGUGGUGAGUUAGUUCGGCAUCGCCGCUAUAAACAUACCCAUGAGAAGCCAUUCAAGUGUUCCAUGUGCGACUAUGCCAGUGUGGAGGUCAGCAAGUUGAAACGCCACAUUCGCUCUCACACCGGAGAGCGUCCAUUCCAGUGCAGCUUGUGUAGCUAUGCCAGCAGAGACACUUACAAACUGAAGAGGCACAUGAGGACUCAUUCUGGUGAGAAGCCCUAUGAGUGUUACAUUUGCCACGCCCGCUUCACCCAGAGCGGGACUAUGAAGAUGCACAUCUUGCAGAAGCACACAGAGAACGUGGCCAAGUUUCACUGCCCUCACUGUGACACUGUUAUUGCACGGAAGAGUGACUUAGGUGUCCAUUUGAGGAAGCAGCAUUCCUACAUCGAGCAGGGCAAGAAGUGUCGUUACUGUGACGCUGUGUUCCAUGAACGAUAUGCACUCAUCCAGCAUCAGAAAUCUCACAAGAAUGAGAAGCGCUUUAAGUGCGACCAGUGUGACUAUGCAUGUCGACAGGAGAGGCACAUGAUCAUGCACAAGCGAACCCACACUGGGGAAAAGCCUUACGCCUGUAGCCAUUGUGACAAAACCUUCCGUCAGAAGCAGCUGCUCGACAUGCACUUCAAACGCUACCACGAUCCCAACUUUGUCCCAGCUGCCUUUGUGUGCUCCAAAUGUGGCAAAACGUUCACACGGCGUAAUACUAUGGCCAGGCAUGCGGAUAACUGCACAGGCCCCGACGGUGUUGAAGGAGAGAACGGAGGGGAGCCCAAGAAGGGGAAGCGAGGUCGAAAGAGAAAGAUGCGCUCAAAGAAGGAGGACUCCUCUGACAGCGAGGAAAAUGCCGAGCCAGAGUUGUAUGAUAUUGAAGAGGAGGAGGAGGAAGAGACGGCAGUUGAAAUCGAAGCUGUACCUGAAGAGGAACCUGUUGUUGCUCCUCCACCUCCACCAGCUAAGAAGCGAAGAGGGAGGCCACCAGGCAAAGCCAACCAACCAAAACAACCCCAGCCCACAGCAAUCAUUCAGGUACAAGACCAGACCACGGGUACAAUUGAAAACAUUAUCGUGGAAGUCAAGAAGGAGCCUGAAGCAGCAGCAGAGACUGUUGGGGUGGCGGCAGGAGCUCAGCCGGCGGCGGUGGAGGCGCCCAACGGAGACCUCACUCCGGAGAUGAUCCUGAGCAUGAUGGACCGGUGAUGGAGAAGCAGUGGUGCUGUGACUGAACUGACCUGGGCUCUUUGGAAGUGGCCCAAUCCCCCCCCCCCCCACUCCUUUUUUUCUUCUUCUUUUGACCUUAUUUUUGGCUUUGGAAAAUACAUCGGGUUUUUUUACACCAUUUUUCAAAACAACCCAGGAAGCGAAACUUCAAAUGAUGUUUAGAAAGUGAUUUGUCUAGAACUCUCUCUCCGUUCAAUGUUAGCCUCCUCACCGGAUCAUGCGACAUGGGGCCAUGUUUAACCCCCCCCAGGAACUGCCUGCAAGUCAGUUGAUCCCCGAGCGGCGUUGUUGUUGUUGCAGGCCGUGCGGAGCCUUCGCACAGAGAACGUCGGGGGAAAGCAGGAGCCUCUGGAUCAGCGUGCACGUUCCAUGAACUCCUCCGGCCUUGUUUCUCAUGACAGAGAUUUUUAAUUGUAAAUGCAGACUCGGGAGAGUUGUACAAGUUUUAUUGCAUUUUGCUUUUUCCUCCUCUUCGUCCUCCAAUGAAUGACUGGCCCCGCUGUCAGCGCCGUAGGUUUGGCACGCUCCGGCUGGCGUUUUCCCUCCCCGGUGCUUUGCUUCCUGCGGGGCAUCUCUGUAAUGAUCAAGCUUGUAAAUAACUUUUUUAAAAACCUUUAAAUCUUUUUUUUUCCCCAUUUGAUUAAGAGGUUUGAAGGGUGUAAGGGGGGGAAAUGCAGCUUAAAGAAAGAACCAUGUUUUAAACUAUUGCAACAAAAAAAAAAAGGAAUUAUGCAGGAAUUGGUCUUUGUGAAACAUUGGAAAAGUAUCAAUUCGGUGGAGAAAUGUGUCAGAAAACCUGCCCCCCAGCUUGGUUCCUAUGGACAUGGACUUAGGGUGUCUCACGUCAACUCCCUUCUUGAAUUUUCACCUUUUUCACAAUUCUGAUUUUCUUUGCUGUCACGUUUUCUUUUGCGUUUAUUAAUUCUGUGUCGAAAGCCGAGGUGUUAAUUUCGAAUAGGGCUUCCAGGCCCUGGAAACCAUGGGCAGGAAAUUUUUACUAGGUCAGUAAUUGCAAGAUUUGGGUUCUUCGAUUAAAAAAAGGAAAAAAACAAUAAUAAUAGUAAUAAUGUGAAAUACAAAAACGAUGCCUGUACAUGAACCCAUCCCGUGUUAAAGACGGCGUGCGCUUUUUAUAGGGCCUCCGCCUUGCUGAUUUCAAGAGAACUUUCUUCUAUGUAUGGCUUUUAAGAGAACUAUCAGGUUAGCGAUCCAAUUCUAGGUUGAUGCAUUUUUGUACUUAGCAGUACUGUGUGAUAUUUUUCAUUAUUUUAGGAAAGAAACAUGAAAUAAAACGUUAUAAAAUACAUAAUGGGGGUUUGGAUUCCGGGAAGGAGAAUAUACUGCUGUACAGCUAAUAAAUAAUAAUGAUUA